AGGAUACUGCUGUUGACCUUCAUCGCUGAUUCUACCUGCGAUUACUAUCAUCAGUCCUGCAAAAACAGUGUGUACAUAGACGUGUAUUGGACCAAGAAGUCUGGUUUGUCGAUCCCUUGAACAUUUCAGGCGAGUGCUCACAAUUCUUGUGAAAACUUCCACCACAAAAGCUUAUUUCUUCACAAUUUCUAAAGUUCCUCAAGAUCACACAUCCAAACUCCCAUCAUGAAGUACUUGCUCAUCAUUGCCGCUCUUAUCGCAUCUUUCAAUGGUGCCGUUGCUCAAGAACCUGAAACGGAACCUGAAAAGGAGGGCUUUGGUACUGCCAUCCGAGGCUUCCUGGCUGACACUUUCUCCGCGGUUCAACAAGUGGAUAUCCCAACUCUUGGUAGUGGAGCCGUUCUUUCGUCCGUAGAGUGCUCUGACGAAGAGCGAACGGCAAAUGCUUGUACUGUGGGUGCCAAUGUCGAAGGGCAGUACGUGUGCCGAACAGUUGGAGAGCUUCAAUUCACCAUGUGCGCACCCAAGGUGUUUGAUAUCUUCGUUGGUGGACCCGACGAUACAUGCGGUUGCUGCCCUGGAUCUGACUGUGGUGCCCGUUCCACCUGCUUGUGCUCUUGCCAAGAAGGAAGAGGCGUUCUUGUCAAGCACAGUUUCUUUAAGUUCCUUGGCCGUUCAGUCGCUUGGACCGCAUGUUACACUCCCACUAUCGCUACCCAAAUCAUGCAGGCCCGUGCCGAGUUUGGUUGCGACGACCAAUGCCCGGCUGCUGUCGCAGCCGCCACCGCCGCCGCUGCCUCCGAAGAAGUCACUACUAUGGCACCCACCUCUUAAGAAGCUACGGUGAUUGACUCGACUGUGCCAUAACUGGAGGGAAGGAAUGGAUAAUUUAGGCUGCUGGAGACUGCGGCAUGGAAUGGAUUUGGAUGGCACUUUUGUAACAGAAUCAGUUGGGCAGUUUCGGCAGAAAGAAUAAUCUUCACAAAGAAGGUAGUGGAUGAGACUAUAUUCAUAGUUGGAUAUGACUAUGAAUAUAGUUGGUUGAAGUUGUAACUUAAAAAGUAAAUCGUCAUUUCAGAAUACGCGCU